AUGCCCACAACCGACACCAUGCCAGAGCCCGCGCCUGGCAUUCUCACCCAAGCCACCCGCUUCGUCCUGGACGUCGCAAACGGCCGACAUGUUCUCUCCAAGUUUGUGCCCGUCGCGCUAUGGCUCGCCGACGCGGUCCUCUGCGGCCUGAUUAUCUGGAAGAUCCCAUAUACCGAGAUCGAUUGGGUGGCCUACAUGGAGCAGGUGUCGCAAUUCGUGUCGGGCGAACGAGACUACACCAAGAUGGAGGGCGGUACUGGUCCUCUCGUCUACCCGGCUGCCCACGUCUACACUUACACGGCGCUGUACUACAUCACGGACGAAGGCAAGAAUAUUUUUCUGGCGCAGCAGAUCUUUGGAGUCUUGUACAUGGCGACGCUGGCGCUGGUCAUGCUCUGCUACUGGAAGGCCAAGGCACCCCCAUACAUCUUCCCUCUCCUGAUUCUCUCCAAGCGACUACACAGCAUCUUUGUCCUACGGUGCUUCAACGACUGCUUCGCCGUCUUCUUCCUCUGGCUCGCCAUCUACUUCCUGCAGCGCCGCUACUGGACCUUUGGCAGCCUCGCCUACACCUGGGGCCUGGGCAUCAAGAUGUCGCUCCUCCUGGUGCUCCCGGCGGUGGGCGUCAUCCUCUUCCUAGGCCGGGGCUUCAGCGCCAGCCUGCGCCUCGCGUGGCUCAUGGCCCAGGCCCAAUUCGCCAUCGGGGUGCCCUUCAUGGCCAAGAACUCGCGCGGGUACGCGGCGAGGGCGUUUGAGCUGUCACGGCAGUUCAAGUUUGAGUGGACGGUCAACUGGCGCAUGUUGGGCGAGGAGCUGUUCCUCAGCAAGUCUCUUGCUCUGCUUCUCCUCUUCCUCCAUGCUACGGUGCUCUUGAUCUUUAUCGCAAACAGAUGGAUCCAGCCUGCUGGUCGGCCUCUGUCGGCCCUGAUCCCGUCCUUCCUCCGGGCCAAGUCCCCCUUUACUCAGCAUGAGGAGCUUCGCAUCUCCAACUCUGUCACCCCACAGUACGUCAUGACGACGAUGCUCUCGGCCAAUGUCAUCGGCUUGCUGUUUGCGAGGUCCCUCCACUACCAAUUCUAUGCCUACCUCGCAUGGGCGUCGCCGUACCUCCUCUGGCGAGCCACGCGCAGUCCCCUCAUCGUGGUGCCUCUCUGGCUCGCGCAGGAGUGGGCCUGGAACGUCUUCCCCAGCACCGUCGUCAGCUCUAUUGAUGUCGUGGGCGUGCUGUUUGCGACUGUCGUGUUGGUGUAUUUCGGGACCGACGACUCGACACCGGAAGUCGAGGAUGUUGAGGCAAAGAAUAAAUAG